AUGACAACUAUUUCAAAUUGCUUAUCCCAUGCUACUGUUGAACAGAGGAAAAUUUUAUUUUCUAACAGAUCUCUUGAAAAACUGUCCCCUGAAUCAUCUUGUCACUCAGUGUUUCUCUACAACUUCCACUCCUUUCUCAUUCCUACAAUUUAUGGCACAAUUUUUGUUGUUGUUUUUAUUGGCAACACCAUAGUUAUAGUUGUUAACUGCCUCAAAGUCAGCAGAAAAACAGUAGCGAUCACCUAUAUCCUGAAUUUAGCAAUUGCGGACCUGCUUUUCCUCCUGAGUCUUCCUUUAUGGGCUGUUUAUUAUGCCCAAAACUACAACUGGAUGUUUGGGACUUUCACGUGUAAAAUCUGUGGCUUUUUUUCUAUUAAUUUGUAUGCUAGCAUAUUUUUCAUUGCUUGCAUGAGUGUGGACAGAUAUCUUGCUAUCAUGCAUCCACUACAAUCUCAGAGCAGAAGAAGUUUAUGCCAGGCUCAGUUUAUCACCAUGAUGGUGUGGAGAUUAAAUUUUUUCUUGACUCUUUCUACAAUUUACUUGAGAAACACAUACUAUCUGGAAAAGUACAAGGUGACCGCAUGUAUAAUGGACUUCCCUCGGGAUGACUUUCCUGCCUGGUCUGAUGCAUUGGGACUAAUGAAAAAUACGCUUGGCUUUCUUGUUCCAUUUUCGAUCUUCAUGAGCUGUUACCUGCUGAAAACUCCGUACCUGGAAAUCAACAAGCACAAGAGGGACAAGGUCCUGUGGAUGGUGCUGGCUGUAGUACUGGCUUUUUUCUUCUGCUGGUUUCCCUUUCACAUCCUAACAUUUCUUGAUGUCCUUACCAUGUUAAACUUCAUUACAACUUGCAAGUUAAAUGCUCUCAUAGAUACCUUGAUGCCUUUCACACUUUGUGUGGCCUUUGCCAAUAGCUCUGUUAACUCUUUGAUAUACUGCUUUGUGGGCAAUGAUUUCCAGCAGGAGCUCAGCUACCUAGUGAAGAGACGCUCAUCAGCGUUCCUUAACAAAAGGAACUCUAUCAGCACACAGCUGAGCUCUUUUUCAAGAAAAUUAAGUGAUGUGAAGGAGUUGGAGGUUUACCCAAGUCAGGCCAUUCCUAAGAGGAGUGUAUAUUUGUGGAUCACUUGA